UUCUCAAAUCUCAAGAGCUUACGUGUACUUUCUUCUAUAGUAAACCAUUAAAUCAACCGACCAACGUAAGCUAUGAAGAGAGGCAGAGAAGAGGAGGGUAUAUUGGCUAAGCCUAACUGUUUGAUGUUAAUUACCAAAGUUGGUGAAAGUGAAAGUGAAACCAAACCAUCGAGGGAGGGAGAGUUAAAGGAUGGUGGUUUUAAGUGCAAAACAUGCAAUAGAAAGUUCUCUUCUUUUCAAGCCCUUGGGGGCCAUAGAGCAAGUCACAAGAAGCCAAAGCUAAUGCUUGGAGGAGACCUUUCGUGUCAUUACCCGUUACCAAGCACGACCAUGAAACACAGGAUGCACACGUGUCCAAUUUGUGGCCUUGAGUUUGCAAUUGGACAAGCUCUGGGAGGGCACAUGAGAAAACAUAGAGCUGCUACUAAUAAUGGUAUGCUGAUUCAUAAGCAUACCUUGCGUCUCUUGAAGAAAUCCAAAGAUGCUGCAAGGUUUAAUUUGUGCUUGGACUUGAACUUGACGCCAUCGGAGAAUGAUCUUAUAAACCCAAGGACACCUGUUCUUAAUUGUUUCAUUUGAUGGGAAAAAAAUUUAUCCUUGAGAUUUUUUUUUUCGUUAGUUACUCAAGAGAGAGACGUACGUAUGUAAUUCAAUUCACUUUGUUAUCAUUGUGCUUCGUUGAAACUACUUAGUUCUUA